ACGCGCCCUCGUCUCACUCUGAACCGCCUCUCUGGAUGUUCACAAAGAUUUCAGCGGAUAACGGGACAGGUGAUUAGUUUUUUACUGUAUGAAGCCGUUUUGGAUGUUCAUUUUUUAUUUUCUUGGAAUUCUGUUGCCUUUGUGAAAUUACUUUCAAGACCCAUGGAAGUUUGAUCAAAGGUGAUAAAAUGGAUCUGAUGAGAAAAUGUGGCUGCGUGUUGGUUUUAUUCAGCGUCUCCGCGUGCGCGUCAAAGCUUCUGGGCGACAUUUACGAGCCCAGAGGCCAACAGAUAUGCAAGCGUGGCACUGAGAAGCCCUGCUAUAAAAUCGCCUACUUUCAGGACAGCCGACGUAAACUCAACUUUGAAGAUGCGAGUCGAGCCUGCAGGAGUGAUGGUGGAGACCUUCUCAGUAUUGAGUCUAAGACUGAGCAAAGACUGAUUGAAAAUUUCAUCGAUGAACUGAAAGCAGAGGAUGGAGACUUUUGGAUCGGGCUUCGUAGGGAUCAAGAGUAUGAGGAGUUAAACGGAGACUGCCCAUCUCAAUACUACUGGCUGGAUGGAAGCCAAGAAACUUUCAGGAACUGGCACUGGGAUGAGCCUUCUUGUGGGUUUGAGGUGUGUGUAGUGAUGUAUCAUCAGCCCUCUGCUCCUCCGGGUCAGGGUGGUCCUUACAUGUUCCAGUGGAAUGACGACAAUUGCGAAACCAAAAACAACUUUAUCUGCAAGUACACCAAAGAUAAACCUCCAGCACCAAUCCCUGCAGAAAAUGAAACAUUUAAAGAUGCUCUUCCGACACCCAGAAUACCCAGAGACCCCUCUGUCACAGAGAAGGAUGAUGGCAUGAGGGUGGUCGUAUCUGAACCUCCAGACAAUGCUCUCAAUAUCACUUACAUUGUGCUGCCAACCAUACCACUUCUACUGCUGCUGAUUGUGACAAUGGGAGUUUUCUGCUUUAAGCUGUUCACAAAGAGGAAGAAAGAACAGACUGAGACCCCUCCGAAGGAUCCAGGAUACUGGGCCGCUGGAGAAAGAUGCAACAGCCCGAGCCCUGACGUCUAUAACGUCAUCCGAAGGCAGCAUGAAUCAGACCUGGCCGGCACACGGCCUGACAUCAAGAACACUUCCUUCCUGGGUUCUUCUCCAGACACUCCACCUGGAGAUUAUGACAACCUGGCAGGCAGGGACACUGAAAGUGGUUUUGUGACACUGGCCAGCACUGAGAGCGGCUUUGUGACCAACGAUAUGUAUGACACCCUCCAAGGCCGUGGAAGCGGGAGAUACUACAGAGACCAGGGAUGGAUGGAUGAGUUAUAUGGCUACUGAUAUGAAAGAUGAACAUUAGCAUUUAACUCUGUAUUCUCUUGUUAAGUAUGAUAAUAGCUGUUAAUGUCUUGCCCACGUCUUUCCUUGGUGGCAGAUAUCCAGUAUUAUCUAUAUUCAAGUAUUUUAACGUAAGAAUGAGUGUGGUCAUUUGUAACUUGAAUGUGCAAGGCUUCCGUUGUCAUUCGCGUUCUGUAAUUUUACCUGUACAAAAACCUGUUUUUUACCUGUAUUUUAAGGUUCAAUUCAAGUUGCAAACAGCUUUACAGCUGUUCAAACAGCUUUACAGAAAGUGCUUGUUUCAGUGUUACUAUUUAGGAAGGUUAUCAACCAGAGAUGAGUGAAUCAAUAUGGCAGUAUAUACAGUUAUAAUAUAGUAGCCUAUGUGGUUCGUUAACGUCGUGUAUCCUAUUCAGUUAAGCAAUUAGCCUAAAACUUGUGCUCGUAAUGAUUACAAUAUAAUGAUAAUAAUACGAUGUACGGAUAAUGUUUUAUAGUUAUCAUAAUCAUAAACACACUGGUUUGUAGCUCAAACAGUUUAACCGUUUACUGCACUUUAUUUAUCUAGUUAACCGGAAGUCUCGCACAUUUAAAGAAAAUAGCCUACUUCCGCGUUGCAAAAAAAGUGGAUAGGUAAUCAAAUCAAGUUUGCGCUAGAGCUCAAAAGGAGCCUGGAUGUGUGUGGACUCACUGGACUGUGUGUCAGUAUCAUGUUUUAAAUUUCCAAAACGUAUUAAAUGAAUGAGAGAAACGAAUUCCCGGAAUUCUGCAGAUUUAGUCUACCAUCAAUUUACUCUCUACCAGAGUUUCAGUGCAACAUCUGAAGUUUAUGGGUCAUGAUUAUCAGACGUAGUUUACCUUUUUCUCUUGUUUAUUCAUAUUAUUUAGUUUAUAUAGUUUUCAUAAGCUCCUAUGACAUGCGUAAAUAACAGUAACGCUUACCAGCUUUAAAUGCAUCUUUAAAGCCAAACUCUGAAGGAUGAACACUAAGCUGGUACAAACAAGCUGCUCGACAAGUCAGACAGAGAUGGCUUGGAUAUGCAAUAGCUUGUUUGCUCGCACUGAUUGAUUUGCAUGACCAUGUUACGCUGCUUUUACUGGAUGUGCUGUAUCGGGCUCAGUAAUUAAUUACACUGUGACAAAUCUCUUGCAGACUGUCUUUUCCUGUGAAAUAAUGAAUGAUCAAACAGCCUUCAAGUUUCUUAUAUGCAAAUAUUGGAAUGUGUAUGUAAUGAUGUUAAUGAAGCCUUAAUAAACAAAAACUGAAUGAAAUUGAA